AUGUUGGAAUUAUUACCCGAUGAGUUGCUACUACUCAUUUUCUGUUAUCUACAUAAAUUCGAUGUAAUUUACACAUUCACAAAUCUUAAUUCACGAUUUCAACAAAUAAUCGCGUCCUUCUUGUUCAACGUAAACUUCACACAACAGUAUAAACCUUCAUAUAAAAAAUUUCAAUGGUUCUGCGAUAACGUUGUUCCGCUACAUGAAAAUUCUAUUCAUUCACUAAAACUCGAAGAAAGUCAUCAACUAUUGGCACUUCGUACCUAUAUUAGUGACAAACAUGAAACAAAUCCAUCACAACCUGUUCUUCAUCAAUUGAAUCAUCUAAAGUCUCUCGUACUAGAAAUGGAAGGAGGUUAUGAUAUUCAUCAUGAAAAUGAAUUAAAUAAUUUUCUUCUCGAAGCUCUGAAAAUCUCAUCGUUAACCGAACUAUCAGUGUCAUUAGAUUUACAAAAUACCGAUUUGGUCGGAACUCAUACUAAUCGAAUAGCUAAGAUAUUUGAAUCGAUGGCUUUAUCUACAUCGAAUAAAAUAACAAAUCUUACUUUAAUCUAUCCACGUGGUUUACUCAGACUUGAUUCUACCUAUCAAAUUUGUAGUAUUAAACAAUUAUCUGUCAAAAUAUACUUUGCAAAAAUGUUAAUAGAAUUAUUCAAUGCAACACCAAAUCUUCAGGAAUUGAAUUUAUCAAUUGUAAUGUUUGACGAUACAGAACCUUUGAAAUCCAUUAAAUUACCGGAAAAGUUAGAAAAAUUACACAUAGAAGGUGGAACUUACGAUUACCGCACAUAUUCACAUGAACAACCAACUUUUGAAAUGAUAAAAGGACUUUUAGACGUAUUCAAAUAUCAACUACGAUCGCUCGCAUUGAUUGUAAACAAUGCUGAUGAAAACUUUGCCAAUUAUAAUAAAUUUCAAAGUCUUAUAUGUAACUUCACUUGUCUGUGUAGAUUUGAAUAUCAUAUUCGUACGAAUUGCCGACCUAAUAGUCUCUUUCCAAACAUUGAACAACUGCCUGAUCUUAGUUUUUCAAUAUUUACCAUUCCACGAUUACGACAGUUUGAUAAAACAUCAUUACGAAUAACAUAUGUAGCAGAGUUUAACUCAGAUCUCAGUAUACAAGAACUAUAUAAUUGCCAACUACUUAGUAUUUAUAGUGAAAACUGUGACAGUUCGGUAUUGGGUGCGUUGAAAAAAGGAGUAAGUAUUACAAAAUAUUGUGCUAUGAAAUUUUGUCUCGCGUUCUGUAACCAACUUGAAGGAUGUCGAUAUAUAUACUCUACUCUUAGAUAUCCACACUUUCAUUCGUAUUUCUUUUUAAAGAGCAAUGCAAAACUUGUCAACUUGAAGAAACUUUCAUUAACAUCUACAAACAAAACAUUGUCUAUUGGCUUUGGUCGAUUAUUAUUGAAGAUCAUAGGUUUUUCACCAGGUUUGACCGAUUUAUUAGUCGGUUCCGGAACAACUAAUGUAAGUAAUCUAAUUAAACAAUUGCAGAAAAUUAUUCCACAAAAAGAAGGAAAACAAUUUCUAUGUUUCGAAAUGUUUGUGGAUAUGAAGAGCAAAAAAUGGGAUUUUUCUCUUGAAUUAUCGAAAAUGUUACCAAAUUUGAAAACAAUCGGGAUUAGUGGUGAACAACGAUCGAUCGAUAACUGCUUCUCAUCAUUGAUCGAGUUUGUUGAAGAUCUACAAACUCAUUUCAAGGAAUUAGUUCGUCUAACAAUAAAAACAUAUGCCGGUAAUCAUCGUUCAUUUCAACGUUAUGAAAAUGAUUUGAAAAUAUUGAGUAAACAAACAAAGAAUCCGAUAUAUUACUCAAGCAAAGAUCAAGGUAUGGCUAAUUAUUUUUUUGAUAUUUGGUUAUAA